AAUGUUAAUUUUUCUGAUGCCGAAAACAUAUGUUUGACGAAGAAGAAUCAGGGACUUAAUUUAUCAACACACGAUGGAGGACCCUUUGAAGCCCAAGCCAGUGCCGCUGGCAGCGGAGACAGUAUUGUGGUUCGAGUUUCUCCUAGAUCCCAAUAAAAUCACAGAGCAUUUGCAAUGCAAAAAUCCCGAACCCAGCGCCGUGGAGCUCAUCAUGCAGUUCAUCAGCAUGACGCCGGACACAGCAAUUGCGUCCACUGUGGUGACGCCGGGAAGCGAUUUGCAAAAUAUAAGUGGCGCGAGCGUCGGCGCCAAUGCCACCACCCCAGCGGCCUCCGCGGCACUCAAUGUACCGCUCCUAACACAGCAGCAGCAACAGCAGCAGCAGUUGCAGUUGACACGCAAACAGUUGGCCCUCAAGAUCCUGGAGCUAAAGGUGGCCACCUGGCUGAGAUGGGAUUUGGAUGCACUGGAGAAGGGUUUGCCCGUGAUAAUGCAGCUGGGUCUACUGCGUGAUCUGUGCACCAUUAGCUAUGGCCGCAUCGUCAGCAUUCCUUUUCACAGUGAUUUCGAUCUAAAGAUUUCGCCCACGGGCAAUGAGCGUGCGGCGCGCUUUGCCCUCACCAUCUACCACAGGAUGGUACUGCGGCUGCAGCUCAUCAAAGACAGCGCACUGAAGAGUCCACGGUCCAUGUUUCAGACCGUUGAUCAGCUGCAGCAGUUUUUGGACACACCCACCCAGCCUUCCAUCGAAUAUCUCGAGCAGUUGUGCUCGCCGGCGGCAGCCAGCAAGCCUUUCUAUGUGUUUCACUACGACAGCUUUGUGGCGCUGCAGUGCGACACGCUGAGCACGGCUCAGAACUAUGACCUGAUGCACCUGAUUACGCCCCAAGAGCUGCGCGCUCAGCUGCAGUUUGAGCUGGCCCAUUACUACCUCCACACCAAGCAGUACGUGCUGGCCCGCGAGGCGGCGGCUGCUUGCAAUGCGAGUCUGCAGGCGAUUCCCGCCGGUGCGACGCGUUACUUUUGCCACGUUCGCGCCGAGGAGCUGGAGGGGCUGCUGCAGGCCUGCGGAAUCAGUGCGCAGCAGCAAACGCUAUUGGAGCGCUUUCACCAAUCCCUGCUGAACAGCUAUGCGGACAUUAUCCCCAUACUGCGCCAAGACAAUCGCGCACGCGAAAUUCCGCUGGUGAGCCGGCGUAACGUCGAGCUGGACAUUGAGGGAGCCAUCUCAACGGGGCUGCUCAAGGAGAUGCCUCAGCAGCUGCUGCUGCAUGUGGCCGCCCUGAAUGUGGUGCGCACCGUCUUCGAGUGGGGCAACAUAUUUGGCAGCGUCGAGUACUUUGAGAAGUACCACGAUCUGGACUACAUGCCGCCCAUCAUGGAGGCAAUGCAGGACGCGCUGACAUACUGCAGCCAUGCGGAGCAGUCGGCUCUCAAACAUUUUCUCAUCGACUGUGUGCUGCACCAGCAGCAGAAACAGCAGAUGGAACAGAGUCGACAGCUGCUGCACACGCUGCGCGGCAUGGCUAUCUUCUCCAGUGAGGAGCUGGUCGACUUGGAAGAGCAGCUGGUGCAGGCAUCGCUGCCAGUGCUGAGCAAUUCGUUGGCCACACUCAACGAUUGGAUUUGCCACUCCAAGAUGAACCGCGUCGACGUGGCCGCUCUGGAGCGCCAGCUGAUUAGCUGCACCAAUGCGAAUAGCGUGCGCAUACUGCUGGUGAAACUGUGCGGCACGGCACCUGGCAAGCCGCUGUGGGCCAUCAAUCCCAGCUGGGAUGUACCGCAGCCGCUGAAGGCGUUGAUCAUGGCGAUGCCUGUUAGCUUCCUGCAAGACUUCAGCUAUGUGCUGCUGGGCAAAGCGCGUGAGCUGGCAACACGUGGCAGCUACAUUGACGCCGUAUCCAUGCUGAGUGUGCUCAAGUCUGAGACGCAGCGCCAGGAGCUGGGCAGCAGCACACAGCUGAUGUGCAAGCUGAUAACGUGGGAGAUCCUGCACAUACAGAUUACACAGUGCCUGGACGAAUGGCAUCAGAAGCCACUCGACUUGCAAGCGCUCGGCACGCGCUGCAAGCAGUGUCUGGGCGCAUUGCAGGCGGGCGACUCCAUGAUGCCAAGACUGGAGAUCCUGGAGAGCUGCGCCAUCAUGCUACUUAAUCUAACCGACUUUCCGCCACUUCUUUACCUCGACAAACGGGCACAGCAGCUGGAGUUGCCGCUGGCCUUUGCGGCCACCUUCAUUGAAAUGGAAAAGAUGAAGGGCCCCAAGAAAGUGUGCCGCGAUGCCUGGGAACUGAUGCUGAGCAUGUUCCUCAAUGUGCCCAAGCGGGCGGCAGCCGCCGGCGCCGGCAUCGGCGCCAGCAGCGCGCUCCAAGCCUUCCUGCAGCGUGUGCGGCAUCAGAGUGUCUUCGGACUGGCCAUAUCCAUGCUCGGCAAAAUGCACAACAUACUGAAGGACGAUCCCAAUCACGAUCUGAACUGCGAAUACAUGCAGCUCUGGCCCACCAGCAUUAACAACCCGAAUGGUUACAGCCUGCGCAGUGUUUCUGAGACGCUGCAGUGGCUGCUCUCGGAGGCGCUCAGCUAUUAUCCGCAGACGGUCUCGUGGCUGAAGAUGAAGGGGGAUCUGGAGCUGGCCAUUGGCAACAAUGAGUCCGCGAUGCGCUGCUAUGUCAACGCCCUGGUCACCGGCACCGACUACUGCACGAUGCCGCUGCAGCGGAAUGUGGCCGAUGACUAUGUCAUUAGGAAGAUGAUUAGGUGUGCGGCCAAUCUGGGCUGCCACAUGCAGGCCACCGUGCUCUGUCAGUUUCUCGAUGAGAUCGACUAUGGUAUCGUCUUCAAGAAUCUCACCGAGAAGUGCUCCAAUUUCACAGAUGCCAUGGAUGCCUACUACAGCUGCAUAUGGGACACGACGCUGCUCGAGUUUAUUGUCAAUCUCCAUGCCAAGCGAGGCGAGCACAGUCGCAAGCUGGAGGCGAUCUCAAUGAUGGGCACUUUGGAGCUGAAUGCCAACAACAAUGAGGAGAUCAAACGAGAGAGCGCCAUGGUUCGCAAAUCACGCUUCUUGCGCGCCCUGGCCAAGCAGUAUUUGCUGUAGUUGUGGGCGAGGAUGCCGCCUGAUCCUCGCUAGAAACUACACCCACAGCACACCCACAUCCACAUCCACGACCAAGCCCACUUCGAAGACCAAUUAGAGUUUAAGCUUCAAGAGUUUUUGUAAUUGUACGACGGUUAGUUUCUAGGCUUAAAGUGUUAGCAAUAUGAUUUUGUGGUUAAAUUAAAGAAAUUUGUAUUUUUUUCGUUGGGAAA